AUAACUGUGGCGAGACAGAGCUCAGGGAAUACUUCAAGAAGUUCGGAGUGGUCACUGAAGUUGUAAUGAUCUAUGACGCAGAGAAACAGAGGCCCCGAGGUAAAGGCUGAUCUAGUUUGUCCUUGAAAUUUCUUCAUACUCUCCUAUAGUCAGAUGGCAAACUAUUUCACACCAUCAGAAAAGGUAGAUUUUUUUUUUCUCUCUUAUGUUGCCUCAGGAAAAAGAAUAAUUCACUGGGCAAACCUCACUUCAAGUCUAGACUCUUCAUCUGCGGCUUCACUGGGGUCUGUGCAUUUCAACUCCAACGUUUCAUGCUCAUUUAUGGGGGUUGUUUUUUGAGAUGAAAUGAAAUUUGAUUCUCAAGCCACUUCUGUGGCUGAAGGGACUUUUGGAGGGGAAAAAAAUGAGCAGAUUUUCCUCCUAUUGCACAUGAAAGGUAUGUUGGGUCUGUAAGUGCACGGGCAGUGCUCCAGCCAGAGCACGAGACAGGGCAGAAUCCAUCCCUCAUCUGCUUUUUGGUUUGGUUAAACGGCUUCACCUCAAAUUAAAGCCAAACACUCCUUAAACCGCACAGAAUAAUUCUGAAAUGUGGAUAUAUUUUUUUUUUUCUGAUUGGGACGUACAAUCCCUGUAUGCCAGGCUGCUUUUUAAGAGGGGCAAAAGCUGAGACCAUGGAAGAUUCACUAGAUAUUGAAUCAGGUUGGGAACCUUUGGUCAAAAUGCGAAGCAAGUUCCAUGUCACCCACGUCCCAUUGCAUCCACCAUCAGUUUGCCAAGGAAGAGCCAAUCCUUUAGCUUUGCUCCCACCCUGUAGCAUGUUGGACAUGCUAGAGAAUAGUUUGCCAUCUGAACUUUUCAUUUCUCUUCUGCCUCAUUAUUAAGAAAUAUAUCCUUCACUUCAUAUUUAUUAAGCUGUUAAGUCUUAGUUUUAUUUUUUAAUUUAGACAUACAUCCUUAGUGACAUAUUUAAGUGUUUCAUAGUAAAGUAUGGUAACGUUAAGUAAGUUCUUUUUUUGUUUCUUUUCUCUCUGUGAAUUGUUUGACUGUGAUUAACGAUAUCUCUUUAGAUUUCUUCUCUCUAGGUGAUAAUUUAUCACAGAGGUACAGGCCAGUUCCGCAGUCAGAGGAGGGACGGGCUUUGUCUUUUAUUGGAGUGUAAACGAAGUUUCAAUAUAUUUGUUUUUUUGUUUUCUUGCUUUAGCUAUCCUAAUCUUCUUUCAGCAGAUACCUUUGAAUUAAGCAGCACAUAAAUCCAUCUGUUUCAGUGCUCUAGAGCAGCUGGUUUUGGAUAGAGGAGACAAAGACACGGGCAUCCCAGUGUGAUUUGGGGCUGGAGUUCUGAAACAUUUCAGUGAUUAUUGUGUCAUCUCUACCUUUGUAAUAUUUAAUCCCAGCCUUGCAGCCUCUGAGCAAAAGGUACUAAAACCUCAUGCCUGGUCUGGAUUAAUCCUGUCUCAAUUAAUGGCUUCUCUGCUUAAAGCUCUACUAAAAAAAAACAGGGAAAGGAGAGCUUAGGGUAAAGCACAAGUGCCAGGUGGGUGGUGAAGGUGGGAGAACAGGUCUGUCUCCAUCCACAUGUUCUGCAGAAAACUUUCCCCCUUAAUUCAUCUGACUUCUUAAACACUCCUUGAAUCCUCUUGCCCUGCCUUUCACUUUUGUGCUGUUGCAUUCUUUUUUUAGUGUGGUAACUAACAGUCAUCUCCCCAAAUGGCCUUGUCAGUCCCUGGAGGGGGGCUGAGGAAAAAUCCCCUCUAGUAUUGGGAUUUCCUGGCAGUGCCUCCCAGAACAGGAUUUCUCUUGCCUUGCCUUUCUCAUCUGUGUUCUCUUGCUGCUCUGUCCCCUUGUCCUUUUAACACGAUGCCCAAAUGAUUUAUGAAACUCCAAAGGCCAAUUCAGUGCCAUCUCUCCUUGUACCCUUCUCAGUUUGGUCUUCUCCCAUUAACUUUGCCACCCUUCCUUUGGAAGUGCACGUCAUUUUACUGGUUUUCUGGUAGGAGGGGGCAGAAUGAUCCCUGUUCUUAUCCCUGUAGCAUCCCUCUGCCUUCAGCCCCUCAGGAGAGCCCUGGGAACCAGAUUCUGCCCUGGAGGAGCUGAUGGUGUCAAACAUCCACGUCAUCUCUGCUGCCUCUCAGUGCUGCCUGUUCCUGCCAGCUCUGCUGCCAGCUCUGCUCCAAGCCCUUCCCAGAGCCCCGAGCCCAGGCAGCCGUGUCUCAUCCCUGACAACAGAGCGGCUUUGCUGCCCUCUCUGCUGCUCCUGCUUUCUGUUCCUGGCCAAAGAGCAGCUGGAAGGGACUGACAGGGCCUCGUGUGCUCCUUCUCCUCCUCCCUUGGCUGCAGACGAGCCCCAGCGCUCUGGGCUGGUCCUCCCGGAGUCCUGCUCAGAGCAGUUUGUUUCUCCAGCCUUUAACAGUGUCCUGUCCUUCACAAACUAAAGCUGUGGAUGGUGGGUUUCAUCACUUCUCCAUUUAAAACUUCACCUUGGAAUUUUACUGUUUUACUCUGAAUUCUUCACUGUUCCUGAUCUUGUGGUGUUUGACCCUUUUAAAUCCCCUCUUUUGGUUUCUUUACUGGCUUCCUCAAUCACCUCUUACUCUCCCUCUUCCUCCCCCUCCAGCCCCAUCUCACAAUCUAUUCCUGUCCUUCAGUCUUGGAAUCAAGUUAAGCCACAGCCUUCAGACAUAGAUGGAAUCCAUCGUUUCUCUUUCCCAUCUCUUUUUAGAUAAAGGCUGGAACACUAAACACGUGAUUUAAACACAAAUACUUUUCCUCUGGCUCCAAUACUCGGAUUUCUGGUUAACUCAGACAAAUAUAUUGUGAUGAAAUGCUGCUCUCAGCUUGGAGGCUGCUUUCAUCACAGCUCCACUAAACUUCGUUUAUACUGCCAGUCUCUUGUGUGUGGGAAAUGCCAAGUUUUUUCCUUUUUAUUUUCAGUUUAUUUUAGUGAUGUCUUUUGCUCUUGUUGCUGACAGCAGAAUUUGACCUGCUGGAAUCUAUUUUGGCCUGUAUCUUUGUGUAUUUUUAUAUAUAUAUAUAUAAACUUUCUCUACACUAGGCCUCUUUGGGCUUACCCAACGCAGUUGGAUAAGCGUGGAGAGACAUUCCUGUGCUAGACCCUGUAUUCUGUAACGCUUUAGAGCAAGAUUUGGCUGCUGUCAGCACUAGCUGCAAAGCAAAACGCAAACCAAGGGGGAGAUCUUGGGUUUCAGAAAAGCAGAACCGCAUCCAUGUUCCAUUCGCUUCCGACGCCGCUUCCGACGCCGCGCCUCGGGUUUCCUUUCUAAUUUACUGCUCUCCCGUAGCUAAUCCAAAGAAUGGCACAAUUCCUGUUCUGCAUGUGUGUCCCUCCCUGCCCCGGGGCCGGGCUGUCCCCCCGCAGCCGUGGGUGAUGGCAUGGCCGUGGCCUGGGGGAUUAACCACGAUUUUGCCACUCCCUCGGCUGCACCAGCAGCUACAACCUACGUGCAGUGGUUCUCAGAGGGACCCCGAGGAGGGGCCAGUCCUGGGGCUCUGCCUCCUUUCCAGAGCCUCCUCCAGGCUUCCAAAGCUGCUGGAUCCAGCUGAGCUGCCACCAGCGAGGGCUGCGGUCAGGGGAAGGGAAUGAGCCACCCGUGGGGAGCUGCAGCACUUGGGGGGGCAAAAAGGGCUGGAAAGCGUUGUGUAGAUUUCCAAGAGAAAAACAGCAGGAAAUGCAAGAAAUAAAAUAGAUUAAAGACGUGGCAGCGAUGCCACAUCCUGUAUAAGCAACACCCUACAGGGGUUGCUGUGUUGGGAAGGAGUAACACCUGUUCUGUGCUUUUUCUGAGGUGUGGAGAACUUGAGAACCUCUGAUGUAGGUUGUUAGUUUCUGAAGCUUCUCAUUCAUCCAUGGAGUGGUAAAAUUUUCCAUGCUUUAACAGCUACAUUUCAAAACCAACUUUCUUAUUUUCCACGGAAAAAUAACUGGAAGCUGGGCUAAGGGAUGGGAGGAAGUUGCUUUGCAGCUUUGGGGAACAGGGGUAAGAUAGGUUUUCCUUGGGAAACUAGGCUGAGCAAGGAGGAGCAGCAAAGUUGCUUGACUUUAACCUGCUGUCCCACAAGUAUUUUGGUUUUAGCACUUUUUUUCCAUUUCCUGGUAGGUGGAUGAGGAAUAAAAUCAAAUUAAAAGCCAGUUAACGAGCUCAGUUUGAAGUUGCAUGUGUGAACCCACGGCAAGGCACUAAUUGCCUCACGACAGGAAGUAUCCAUUGCAAUUUUGGCAGAGUUUUUGGCAAUUGAACACAAGUGUCGUUAUCUGAAACCCCUGCUUGAACCCUUGGUCUGCCCCUAAUACUGUUCAUCAUCCUGUUUUGUGUCACAACACCCUGCUACCUUGAUUCACUCUUCGUCGUUGGCUAGGUUUUGGAUUUAUUACUUUCGAGGACGAACAAUCAGUGGACCAGGCUGUCAACAUGCAUUUUCACGACAUCAUGGGCAAAAAAGUGGAGGUGAAACGUGCCGAGCCUCGGGACAGCAAGAGCCAGACUCCGGGGCCGCCGGGGGCCAGCCAGUGGGGGAGCAGGAUCAUGCCAAGUGCUGCCAACGGCUGGGCAGGGCAGCCCCCUCCGACCUGGCAGCAGGGAUACGGCCCCCAAGGGAUGUGGGUGCCAGCUGGACAGGCAAUUGGUGGAUAUGGACCCCCUCCUCCGGGCAGAGGAGCUCCUCCCCCUCCUCCUCCAUUUACCUCAUACAUAGUCUCCACACCUCCCGGGGGAUUCCCGCCUCCACAAGGAUUUCCACAGGGCUAUGGCACCCCUCCACCAUUUAGUUUUGGUUAUGGUGCUCCACCUCCUCCACCUGACCAGUUUGCCCCCCCUGGGGUCCCUCCUCCACCUGCCACUCCAGGGGCAGCACCACUCGCUUUUCCUCCACCACCACCACCAUCUCAGGCAACUCAGGACAUGAGCAAACCCCCGACUGCUCAGCCAGAAUUCCCUUACAGUCAGUUUGACCUUGAGAUUGGAGAGCAGACUUCAAGAGUGAGAGCAGCAUCGAGAGGCAGGCAGUGCAGGUGGUAUGGACAAGACUUGAGCGGGUUUGGACAAGGUUUCUCUGAUCCCAGCCAGCAGCCCCCUCCCUACGGAGGCCCCUCGGUGCAGCCCUCCAGCGGCCCCCCAGCUGGAGGCAGCGGCUUCGGCCGGGGCCAGAACCACAACGUGCAAGGAUUCCAUCCCUACCGGCGCUAGCCUGGGCUGCCAAUCAGGGAGUGCUGUCCACAGGGAUCUCUGGGACCAGCUGAACCCCGGGAUCCCAGACUUCUGAACUUGUGACAAUCACAUACUUGAUGGAAGAAAAACCUAACAACAAUUUUUUUUGGGGGGUGGGGGCAGAUGGCUUCUGAAGGCAGAGCUGUGGGUGUUUGGACUGCAGUUUUUAAAGAUUUUUUUCCUUUCUCUAACCCAUCAGCACAAAUAAAGAAAAUGUCACUGGUUCAAACUACAGGGUUUUAAAAAUGUCUUCAGCUUUAAUUCAAAACUUCAGGUUUCUUUUUUUUGAAAUUAUUUUUCCUGAGCCUUUGUUUUACCGUAUAUUGUAAACUUUUAUGUUUAAAAGAAAAAAAAAAUAUAUACAUUUACAGAUUGUGAAAUUUUUAAGAGAAA